AUGAGAUUGUAUCUUACUUACACGAGAUAUCCUCAUUUCUGGUUUCAUUCUUCUAUUGGCCUUUCUGGUGGAAUUGUUAUUGCUUGGAAAGAUGGUGUUGACUUAGAAAUUAUGCACACUUUUGCUGACACUAUUCAAGCCAUAAUUCAUACUCAUGAUAAUCAUCCUGACUUUUUAAUCACUUUUAUGUAUGGUGCUCAUGAUACCCUAGAUAAUAUUAGUCAAUGGAAUUAUCUUUUAGAGAUGAGCAGCUACGUUAAUAUUCCUUGGGUGCUGAUCGGUGAUUUGAAUUUUACUAUGCAUGAUUCUGAAACUCAUAGUUCUGUUAAUCGGCCUCAUAAUACUAGACAUGUUAGGAAUUUUGUUCUACAACUUGGGCUUGUUGAUUUGGUUUACUCUGGUUCUGAUACUACUUGGUCUUAUCAUAGACAGGGAGAUGAACAUGUCUCUGUUCGACUUGAUAGGGCUUUAGUAAACAAUUUGUGGAUUAAUAAUUAUACUGCAACUUAUCUUGAACAUUUAGUACCUAUUGCAUCUGAUCAUAGUCCAAUCAUCUUAAAUACCAUUUCAACCUUCAAUCAGCAGUCUCCUUUUAAAUUAUACAAAUGCUGGUUUCAAAUUCCUUCUUGCAGCACAACAAUAAAUCAGAUUUGGAAUCACCAUUUUUUGGGUUCGCCUUUGUAUCAAUUUUCAAGUAAGCUCAAGUAUAUCAAAACUGAACUUCAACAAUGGAAAAAACUACAUUUUGGUAAUAUUGAAGCAAAUCUGCAUCAAAUUCAGACUCAACUUCAACUGUGUUAUGAUAACAAUCUGCCUGCUACUCAUCCUCGUACUCAGUAUCUUACUAAUAGUUUGCAGACUUGGUUGUCCAUUCAGAGGGAAUAUUUUAUGCAGCAAGCUAGUGAUAAAUUCCUUGAAGCAGACAUGAGCACUUCUUAUUUUCACUCUAUGGCAAAUUUUAGUAAGCGAAGAUCUCAUAUUCAUGAUAUUCAAGGGCCUUUGGUUGUUUACACCUUGCAUUUCAGAUUCAAAUAUCAAGAUUUAAUUCGUCUUCCAGAUGCUGAUGAAAUUAAGGAAGUGGUAUUCAACAUCAGGCCAUGGGCUUCUCCAGGAAACGAUGGUUUUCAAGCGGCUUUUUAUCAAAAAUGCUGGGAUACAGUUGGUUCAGAGGUAAUUUCAAUGGUUCAGUAUUUGUUUACCAAUAAACAUAUGCUUAGAGCCAUGAAUCAUACUUAUCAAGUCCAGAUUCCUAAAAUCCAUCAUCCUCAAACACCUUCUGAUUAUAGACCUAUUAGUAUUUGUAACGUUAGCUAUAAAAUCAUUUCUAAGAUAAUAGCUAACAGAUUAAAACCUUUUCUAUCAAAGAUUAUUUCACCAACUCAAACAGCCUAUGUUGCAGGAAGACAUAUUCAAGAUAAUGUUAUUAUUGCGCAUGAAUUACUGCACACUAUGAAGACUAAAAAGAUUAAACAUGCUCUAGUUGGCAUGAAGUUAGAUAUGUCGAAAGCUUUCGACAGGGUAGAAUGGACUUUUUUGUUGGAUAUUCUUCGUCAUCUUGGCUUUCAUUCAGAUUGGAUUGCCUUAAUCGAACAAUGUAUCUCUACAACAGAUAUUUCUUUACUCAUUAAUGGGACUCCUUCAGCCAGUUUUAAGUCUUCUCGUAGUCUGCGACAAGGGGAUCCUUUGUCCCAUUAUUAUUUUUUGUUUAUUAUAGAGGCUUUUUCUAGACUGUUACAACAUCAUGUUGAUAUGGGGCUGCUUCAAGAUGAUUGCUUAUUAUUCUUUCAAGCAAAUGCCACUCAAAUGAAUCUCUUGAAAGAGCUGUUGCACAUCUUUGGUCAGGCUUCAGGUCAGGUGGGCAAUGGUACUAGCAUUACUAUUUGGACUUCAAACUGGAUUCCUUCUUUACCAUCAACACUUAGAGAUUGGGAUGAUCUGCAUCUUUCUAAUUAUCAAUGGGUUUCUCAGUUGUUUGACUCUCAAACUGGUAACUGGGAUGUUCCCCUCCUUCAACAGUUGUUUACUCCUUCACAAGUUAGUUUUUACAUUGCAAAGCAUCAGUUACAUGCUGCAUCAAGUAUUCCUGCUUUUGUUAGAUCUGUUUUAAAUGAUGCUUGGAAGCCACCUCCGUUGAAUGUUUUGAAAAUCAACAUGAUGCUUCUUACAGACCUCUUUCUUUAUUGGAUGGCAGAAGCUUGGGCUUUAUUGGAAGCAAUGGAAAUGGCGACUUCUAAUGGUUGGUCUAAUGUUGUGUUUGAAACUGAUAACCUGAAUAUCAGUUCUUAUGUAAACAAUCAGUCUUCUCUUCCUCCUUGGCAGAGUAAGAUUUUACUGAAGAAGUGUGUUCAUAUAUGUAAUAGAAAUGUUGUGUGGUCUUGUGUGUUUGUUUAUAGGGGUUGUAAUAAGGUUGUUGAUGCGCUAGCUAAGGCUGCUAGUAAGCAUCAUCUUUAUGGGGAAUGGUGGUUUAAUCCACCUUCUUUGUUAAUUCCUUACUUAUAA